CUGAACGGCUUUCUGUGAGGCAGCGCCGCGCCGCAAAGAUGCGCGCUUGCGCAUUUUUGACAAGUGGGCGCCCGCUUCAAGUGUUUGCCCGUUCGAGUAAUUAUGUUUGUGAGAACAGCGUUUCUUUUUCUCCCUUUUCUUUGCACAUCUCUAACCCAAGACAUGACUGAAGUACGUGUAGAGGCGAAACAUUUGACAACGCAUGGUGGCGCGUGGCUUCUCGUCCUGAGCUCCGUCUUCUUAUGCAACCUCCUCAAAAUCCUUCUACCCUCCUGUUCUUCCAUUAUAUCUAGGUUGCUACAAAAGGAUGCUGAGCAGGAAUCUGAAAUGCGAUCUGGUAUUCAGAGCAUGAAGCAAGAACUUUCUACCAUUAGUAUGAUGGAUGAAUUUGCCAGAUAUGCUCGAUUAGAAAGGAAAAUUAAUAAAAUGACUGAUAAGCUUAAGACACAUGUGAAAACGCGAACUGCUCAACUAGCCAAAAUAAAGUGGGUAAUAAAUAUUGUGUUCUACAUUUUGCAAGGUGCCUUAAUGAUAUCAUUAAUUUGGAAAUAUUACUCUGAACCAGUUACUGUGCUCCCAAGCAAAUGGCUAGCCCCUUUGGAACGCUUAGUAGCUUUUCCAACAGGAGUGGCAGGUGGUGUCGGAAUUACAUGUUGGUUGGUGGUUUGCAACAAAGUUGUUGCCAUUAUGUUAUACCCAUUCAAUUGAGAAAGAAACAUGUCUCACUUUCAGCAAUAUUUGAACUCCUGUCAUUUUUUCAGUAUUCUGCUAUGAUAGGAGAUAAAUCUCAAGAAUGUGAAAGACUAGAAGGAUGCAGCUUUUAAAAUAAAAUAAAAAACCAACUAUUUAAAAUUUUCUUUACUCUUACGGAAGUUAACAAUAUUUGAAAACAUGCAACUCCUUAAUUCUUGUUCACUUCAUUGUUAAAUAUUCAAUUAUUGAAAUAUAACUUCUACCACAAUCAA